UUUUAAGGCUCUUCGAUCAAAAUUAGUUUUACACCUUGUUCAUCAAUUCUUCCACACAAAACCUCUGCAAAAAUGGACAAGAGCAUGCUUGGAGAUCUGGACGCUCUUCCAGAGGAAGAUAAGCUCCGUAUGUCCGCCAUGAUCGACCAGCUUCAAGUUCGCGACAGUUUAAGGAUGUAUAAUUCAUUGGUGGAAAGAUGUUUCACUGAUUGUGUGGACUCGUUCCGGCGCAAAUCUCUCGAUAAGCAAGAGGAGACUUGUGUUCGUAGAUGUGCUGAGAAGUUCCUGAAGCAUUCCAUGCGUGUUGGCAUGAGAUUUGCAGAGCUCAACCAAGGUGCUGCUACACCAGAUUAACGAGAUCUGUCAUAAUCUUAUUCUUCAAUAGCAUUUGCAUUGAAAAGUUGAAGUUGAAACAAAACACUAUUUUUUGGGUUUUUUGGUAUUAUUUUCUUUUUUUUUUUGGGAGAAAAAAAUAAGAUGAAAACGGUCCUCUUGUUUUGUUUUUUUUCCGUGGCAAAAAAAUGCAUUGCUAUUUGCUAGUGCUUUUAUAGCUUAUGCUUACUGAGAUUGAAGUUGCAACAGACAUCAACGAUGUUGUACUGAUCAAUUUUUUUCUUAACCUAACAGCUGUAUGUAGUUGAAGUAAUGUUCUGCUUUUUCGCCUUUAUACAAGUGCUAAAUACCCUGAUUAAA